AUAAUUACGGAGGAAGAAUUUAUACGUUAUUAUGGGGGUUUUUUUAGAGGAAAUUGCGGGAAAUGUUGGGGCAUUUAACUUUUUUACAUGUCCGGAAUUAGAUUCAAACUGGAACGGCGGCCUUCCAUUCGAAGGUUUGGGCGAAGAAUCUAGAAGAAGAAGAAGAAAGUUGUUGAGAGAAGGGAAUUAAGGAUGACGACAAUCCGAAGAUUUCGCUGCAACGAUCUUCUCCGAUUAACGCCGGUGAAUCUAGAUCAUCUCACCGCAACCUACAAAAUGUCGUUCUACAUGACUUACCUGGUUAGGUGGCCUGAUUUUUUCCAUGUAGCCGAAGCUCCUGGGAACCAAAUCAUGGGUUACAUCAUUGGAAAAGUUGAAGGGGAAGGUGAAUCUUGGCAUGGCCAUGUUACCACUCUUACUGUAUCACCUGAGUAUAGAAGACAACAAUUGGCGAGGAAACUGAUGAAUUUACUUGAAGAUGUGAGUGAUAAAAUGUAUGCAACUCUUAUCCUCACUUCUAUCCAUGUUCAUUGCUUUAAAGUCAAUUACGAAGCUUACUUUGUUGACCUCUUUGUGAGAUCAUCCAAUGUACCAGCCAUAAAGUUGUAUGAGAAGCGCCGUUUCUCCUAUCACCAUCUUCCACUCUCUCCCUCAAUCGCAUAUCUCUAUCUCUCUCGUUCAAGGCACAUCUCCAUCAUCGUCAACUCUCUCUCCCUCAACGCUCGUUACUCUCUCCCUCAAUCUCCCGCAUAUCUCUAUCUCCGACGAAAUUUUCUAGGCAUAUCUCCGGCGAUUCUCAAAGAUUCUCUUCUUCUAUAAGAAGAUUAGACUUCAUCAUCUAAGGUGUUUGAUUUACUUUUAAUUAUGCAAUAGUGGAUCCUUUUGAUCAAAGGUUGCUGCUGGUACACUUUGAAUUUGUGGGAUGAGUCUAUGGAUUGUUACGGAGUACUUUUUUUGUAUUUAUGGUUACCUUCAGACUUGAAAUAUUAUGAGAUUUAAUUUAAAUUUGCUAUUCUGGUCAAUUUUUUCUCUAAUAGAAGGCAGGUAUUUGGAAUAAAUAUCCUCCAUCAUGAAAAAUCUUAGAGGCAGAUUUCUUUCCUCCAUAUGGAUUCACAAAUACAAAUAAUCUUUUCGGCCGACCUGAUUAUUACACUUAUCUCAAUUUUAAUAAAGAAACAUGGCUAAGAAUCAAAGAAGGUAAGCAACAAUAAAUACCUAUGAUUUUCAAAAGUGAACAAACUGUGUGCUGCCAUCAAAUAGGAUUUUCAUAAUAACAAUAAUAAAGCCUGAGAUAUUACUGGAAAUUGAAAAUGAAUGUUUUCCGGAGAAGAGGCGACUGGUAGCCACAGCAGCAGAUUCCAGCUCCUCUUUCCACAAUAGCCCUGAUUUUGAUCUGUGAUCCUUCAACGGAGAAGCUAAGGACCUCCUUCUUUAUAAGUAUGAUUGAAUUGUUCUUGAGGGACAAAGCAGUUCUUCAUUAACCUCUUACUCCUGCACAACACAACUCCCUCUAACCCUAAAUCCAGAGAACUCGCAAAUCGCCCACGAGGUGCCGCAGGAUUCCUCAAACAAAAAACGUAGCAAUUAACCAUAGUUUUGAAACUAGAAUACAGAAUCUUCAAAUUAAAUCUCGGAUAGAAAAACAGUGAAAGAAAUAAAAUUUAAAUACUGAAAAUUUUAGAAAAAUAAAUAGAGUGAGAACCUUAUAUGAUGAAGCCCAUCUUGUAGAAGAAGAGAAUCUUUGAGAAUUACCUUGAAAUUUCCGCCAGAGAGCAGGGCAGCCGAA